UUGCCCGGUCCGGGGAUGGCGGGAGCCGGACGCGCGGCGGCGGGAAAGGCGGCAUGUCGGGGUUCCAAGCGGCCGCCGGGGAAGCCGAGCGCGGCCCCGCGGCCAGGGAAGCGCAGCGCCGAGAAGAAGAAGGUGGACAGCCGGCCCCAGAGCCGGGACGAGCAGGAGAUCCCCUUCCGCCUCCGGGAGAUCAUGAGGAGCCGCCAGGAGAUGAGGAACCCGCUGAGUAACAAGAAGAGAAGAAGAGAGGCCCAAGCGGCCUUCAGGAAGACGCUGGAGAAGGAAGCCAAGGGAGAGGAGCCGGACAUCCCCGUCCCCAAGUUCAAGCAGAGGAAGCGGGAGUCGGAUGGGGCCUACGUGCAGCGCAUGGAGCAGGAGGCCCAGCACGUGCUGUUCCUGACCAAGAACCAGGCCACGCGGCAGCCGGAGGUGCAGGCGGCUCCCAGGAAGAAGUCGGAGAGGAAGAAGGCGUUCCGGCAGCGACGCCUGGAUAAGGCCCGGCAGCGCAGGGAGGCCGAGGCUGCAGACCGGCGGGAGCAGGAGCUGCUCCAAGACACGGUGCAGUUUGGUGAGGUGGUCCUACAGCCCCCCGAGCUGACUGCCAAGCCCAGGAGAAGCGGCAGCAGAGAGCAGGUAAGUGGAGCGGGGUCGUCUACCUGGCAACACCUUCCCUGGGCUCUGCCAUCCUUGCUCCCUGCUCAGCUCACCUUGGCCUUCCUAUUUCCUCAGCCUGGCAAGAAGUCGCUGGUGCUGAGGACGCUCCUGAGCCCGGCCCCAUGCCCACCGCCACAUUCCUCACUGGCCCGGCAGCGCAUCAUUGGGGAGGAGAGAGCGCGGGCUGUGCAGGCCUACAGGCUGCUGAAGCAGCAGCGGCGGUGGCCCCAGUAGGCAUGCGUUGUCCAGCGUGUCCUGGGACACGAGGCUGUGAACCCUGCCCACCUGUCACCAUGUGGGGGUCCUUUCCCCAUUACACUGUCCCAAUGACAGCCCUUGGGACCCGAGUACGGCACGGAGACCCCUGCAGGGCCAGGGCACUUCUCGGGGGCUUGGUCCUGAGGGAGACAGUCCAGCACCCUGGGGCAGGCGGCUGUGAGCCCUUGACCAGCCUCGCCAAGCAGGACGGCCACAGUGAGGCCCAGGGUCUUCCUAGCCCCAAGAGCAGGGCAAAUGCCCUGUGCUGCCCAAGGCUGGCAGCAGAGCCAUUGCCUGGAAGCCCAGAUUGCAUGGCCAUCCCGCAGCAGCCCCGUCCUGAGGACAGGCACCGCCCAGAACUGGGCACAGCCGCGUCCGCCUGUGUCUGAACAGCACACAGCCGUGUUUUGGGGACCGUCUCCGUGCUGCAGCGUGCUCACGGACAGGAUGUGGGCGCGAGGCCCCCUCUGCAGAGCGAGCUGUGGAACCCAGCCAGAUCACCUCUGUUGCCACCGCUGGCACAUGGCUCAAGGACCGUGCCUGGGGUCUCGGUGCAUCCUAUGCUCACAUUAAAGGUCACACCUCUGCUGUUGUUUUGUCUGUACUGGUCACAAUGAGGACUUUACCAGGCUGCAUGUUGGAGAAGGUGGGGCCUGGUGUCUGAGGUGAGGCAGGACCUGUUACCUCACCUGGAAAGUGGAGGCCUGGGUCCCCCAAAGCCAGGUGGACAGUGGGAAUCUGAAUGGGGCCGAACUGCUGGCUUGAAGGUGCUGUUCUUCCCUCCACUGGUUCCCCCCAGAUGAUCACAGCGGAGCCGGGGCCGGCAGAAGCGUGACAUCCCUGCCCCUGCCAGGGCGGUGCUGCCAGAGCCCGAGCUGACCCUGGGGCGGGGACUGCAGGCUGUGGACACGCACCACCAGGCCGGC